ACUGGCGGUAACACUUCAACAAUGCCGCCUAGGGCGAUAUUGCAGCCGGAUACCGGCAUCUUGCAUCGAACGCCAUCGGCACGCGCCCCACGAAUCCUCCCACUGCCACGAACCUGCAACGCGCCAAGAGGCAUACGCAGCAAAGUCAUCGAUUUCGCGUCUCUGCUUGCCCUCGAUCUCGCGAAGGGCGCAACUACACGUACAGUACAAAGAUAGACUCUGAGAGGAUGGCGAAAGCCACCCUCGGCCGGCA